GCCCCUCAAUUUUUCCGUCUAUGAGCUUCCCCAAGCUAGUUCAAAGCGACUGGAUAAAAUAUACAACGAAUUGUUCUUUCUACUUCGUCUCUAUUUUUUUUAUUUUUCUCCUUCGUUAACCGCUUCACGAUCCCUCAUCGCGGAUCUUUACGUAAAACUAGACCCCUUUCGGAUAUUUACGCAUCCACGAGACACGAGGCAGAACAUACCACAAUGGCAGCCGAGGCGAUCAAGUCAGUUAUCGUCCUGACGAACUCACCCUCGCCACUGAAUGUGCUGAUGGUUGGUACAGGCGAAUAUACGACGGGUUUUGUCGGCGGUGGCGCUUCGGGCUCAGACAAAAAGGUUGGUGUUGUUGGGCUGACUCUCUUUGAUCUUCGGAGAAGAGGGAAGGUCGCUAAGCUAGGAAUGGUUGGAACGAAUGGGACGAAAUUUCCAGCGAUUAGACAACAUCUCGACACCAAUAUCUCCAAGGUUUAUAAUGGCUUAGACUGCUCAUUCGAUUCAUAUCCAUCCAACGAUGUCAAAGACCCAGACGCUUACAAGGCCGCCAUUGACGCGCUAAAGCCGGGUGAUGCUAUCACUAUCUUCACACCAGACACCACACAUUAUCCAAUCGCUCUAUACGCAAUUGAGCGUGGAAUACAUGUUCUGAUCACCAAGCCAGCCGUGAAAACUCUGGAGCAUCACCAGACCCUAAUUGCAGCCGCCAAGAAGCACAAUGUAUAUGUGUACAUUGAACAUCACAAGCGAUUCGAUCCCGCGUAUUCGGACGCUAAGUACAAGGCGCAGAAAUUAGGCGACUUCAACUACUUCUACAGUUACAUGUCCCAACCGAAGUCGCAACUAGAGACUUUCAAGGCGUGGGCUGGUGUCGAUUCCGACAUCUCAUACUACCUAAACAGCCACCACAUAGACAUUUGCGACUCAAUGGUGUCGCAACUAGGUUUCGUCCCCGUGAAAGUCUCGGCUUCGGCGGCAAAAGGUAUCGCUACUAGUCUUGGAUGUAAUGAGGCAACCGAGGAUACCAUCACAGUUUUAGUCACAUGGCAAAAACAAGGCGACCCUAGCAAAAUCGCUACAGGUGUGUAUACAGCAUCGUGGACAGCCCCGCAGAAAGCUGGCGUACACUCAAACCAAUACUUCCACUACAUGGCGUCGGCGGGCGAGGUCCGCAUCAACCAGGCCAAGCGCGGAUACGACGUAGCCGACGAUACCGCCGGUCAGCUUGUGUGGUACAAUCCAUUCUACAUGAAAUACGCACCAGAUGAUGAAGGGAAUUUCGGCGGCCAGACCGGCUACGGAUAUAUCUCUUUUGAGAAGUUCGUAGAUGGGUGCCGAGCGGUGAACGCCGGGACCUUGAAACCUGCUGACCUAGAUGCGAGGGGUCUGCCAACUCUAAACAACACUAUCGCGACGACUGCUAUCCUCGAGGCCGGCCGACGAAGUAUAGAUGAAGACAGAGAGAUUAGGAUCGAGAUCGCCGAUGGUACUUGGAAGCUAGUGUAAAUUAUAGGUUAUUGAGGUGAAUCAUCUACUAAAACCUAUGAGAUUGGGACGUGAUUGAUAUAAUCAUUCUGUAUUUGGUUUCAAAUUUGAAAAUGCCAUACCUAGGUAGUUAUAUCCUCGAUUUCCAUAAUUGUGUAGUAUUUACUAGGAGUUAUGAACCUGUUAUCAGACCCUAUCUCUACCA